UAAGGGAUCUCCGAGAAGAGAAAAAAGGGAGGAGAGGGGUGCAAAAGCAAAGGCAUUGGUCUCUUUCUCCAUAUAUUACACAGAUCCCUAUGGAAUGUAAGAGAGAAAUCCCAGCAUUGCUUGCUACAACUCAUUCCUUUUGCUUAGUUUAAAGGAGCUCGUUUUGUUCUCUUUCCAAACCUCUUUCUUGAGAGAGAGAGAGAUUUUCAUGGCUUGGUGCUGCAGCUACAAAACAAAAGAACCCAGAUUAAAAAAUGGAGGGAAAACAAGAGCUAUGGGAAUAUGAUUAGUAUUUGUGUUUUCCAAUGAUUGGGAUUCCUUGCAACAACAGAUCCUGGUAGGAAUCUCUCUUUGGAGAGAGAGAAGAGAGAAAGAUGAAGGCCAUGAAUGAUAAUGAUAAUGAUAACAAUAGCUGGUUGGGUUUCUCACUCUCUCCUCACAUGAACAUGGAUGCAUCUACGGACCCACAUCAGCAUCGUCAUCAUUACCACCAUCGUCAGCAACAUCAUCAUCAUUAUCAUUAAACACAAGCUGCAGCUGCUGUUUCUCCUGCAGUUCCAAGCAGCUUCUUUCUAGCUCCUCCUCAGAUGGAAACACAAGGUGGGGCCCUUUACUCCCAGUUGUCUGUAAUGCCACUGAAAUCUGAUGGCUCCCUUUGUAUCAUGGAAGCUCUUACAAGAUCACAGCAAGUUGAAGCAGUGAUGCCAGCUUCCUCUCCCAAGCUUGAAGAUUUCCUGGGUGGUGCAACCAUGGGAGCCCACCAGUACGGAUCCAUUGACAGGGAAGCUAUGUCUCUAAGCUUGGACAGCAUGUAUUACCAGCACAACCGACAGGCUGAAAACAGCAGGCAGCAGCAUUCCCUAGGCCUUCUCCAGCCCUUCAGGCAGCUGAUUCAAGCCCAACAGCAGCAGCAGCACCACCCAUACUUCCAGCCACCACAGGAAGGGAUGUGCACAGGAUUAACAGCCCAUGACAUGUACCAGACUGCGUUGGAAGUGGCGCCGAAGGAAGCCCAGAUCCCUCUAAUGGCAGAUGGAAUACCAGGCCUGAAGAACUGGGUGGCCAAGCAUUACUGUGCUGGCCAUGCAACGAGUGAGAAGAUGGGUGAGCGUUUGGAUGUUGAAGGAGGUGGACCAGGGUCUAUUGGUGGUGCAAUGGGGUAUGGUGAUUUGCAGUCCUUGAGCUUGUCUAUGAGCCCUGGUUCUCAAUCUAGCUGUGUUACAGCUGCUGCACAACAGCUAUCACAUGGUGGGGCUGAUUUUGGACCCAUGGACACAAAGAAGAGACGGGGUGCGAAGGUGGGCCAGAAGCAGCCAGUUCAUAGGAAGUUCAUUGAUACAUUUGGGCAGAGAACAUCACAGUAUAGGGGUGUUACAAGGCAUAGGUGGACUGGUAGAUAUGAAGCCCAUCUAUGGGACAACAACUGCAAGAAGGAAGGCCAGACUAGAAAAGGAAGGCAAGGGGGGUAUGAUAUUGAAAAGAAAGCUACAAGAGCUUACGACUUAGCUGCGCUCAAGUAUUGGGGACCUUCAACUCAUAUCAACUUCCCGUUGGAUAACUACCACCGAGAACUCGAAGAAAUGAAGAACAUGAGUAGGCAGGAAUAUGUUGCCCAUUUGAGAAGAAAGAGUAGUGGACUCUCUAGAGGCGCUUCAAUGUAUCGUGGCGUCACAAGGCAUCAUCAACAUGGGAGAUGGCAAGCACGGAUCGGUCGGGUUGCGGGAAACAAGGAUCUUUAUCUUGGGACCUUUACUAAGUGUAUUCAAAAUUUCGAAUUUGAUAGCCAAAGGGAAGUGGUGGAGAUUGCUUUUGAAAAGGAGUUGAAAGGACAAAAAAUGCUAAGCAUAAAAGGUUGA